ACUGGGGAAGCUCUCAGACCAACAGAGAAAGCAGCUGCCAGCAAGGACAAGCUCAAUCCACAAAGCAUAACCGGCAGCCUUGAGGAGCAGAGGAGACUCCUUCAGAGCACGCCUUGCCCCCUUAAACAGCCUGUAUUUCCUACUGCCACCCAAGGAGCCAGUCAGCUACUCCUCCUGGAUUAUAAGGGCCAAGGCUACAGAUGGCAGGCUUGGGUAUUCAAAGCCAUCUGCUCUGUUUAUUUCGCUGCCUUUCCAAGUAAAAAAAGAAAGGCAUCAAAGGAAAGGAGAAAGAGGGGGAGAAAAACAAAAGCAAGCGUCCGGCAACUUGAACGGUUUGAAGACACGGAGAUCCCCCACUUGGAGCAUCUUCUGAUGGCACUUUUAAGCACAGUGGUUAAAAGGACAGCUCUCAAGGAACUGGGAACAUCAGCCCUCAUGCUGACCAGACUUUGAGAUUUCUGGCUAUGCACUUCUGAUGUCAACAACAGCACAUCUUUGCAGCCCUAAGUGGAAGCAAUGACCUUUAUUAAAUCUUAGCUCCAGAAGUGCAUCUCCUCCACAGACCUUUGCUAAAAGUGGACAUAGCCUCCCCAGAGCGAACCUGAAAGAUGAGUGAUGGCACAUGGAUCACACUUAGUCCGGCAGAGUUCACUCAACUCCAACAAUAUUCUGUCUAUUCCUCAAAGAAAUUAAAAGAUGUUUUAGAAGAAUUCCAUGGGGAUGGUGUCCUAUCAAAAUACAACCCAGAACAGAAAAAAGACACUCUGAACCAACCUAUUGACUAUGAAGGAUUCCAACUCUUCAUGAGAACAUACCUGGAGGUGGAGAUUCCAGAGGAGCUCUGCCAGCAUCUCUUCAUGUCCUUCAAGCGAAAAGUCUGCCAGAAUUCCCCAGAAAGCCAGCGGCAAAGCUCCAGCAUUCCUCAGCUCAACACUCUUGAGGGCAAGACGAUUGAUACAGGCAUCUCCAUCCAGACUGAAGUUGCUUGCGCCCCUGUAACAGGGAUCAAUGGGAAGACUCUGCUAAAUUCCAUUGGAAGACACACACCUGAAUCCAAAAGCCCCCAGGCAAACCUUGCAGAGCAGCAACCAGCAUCUCUAAGUCCCAUUCCAGCUGCCAACAACAAUACCCUCGGGAAUGCCUCGCCUAGCUGGUCCAGGUCAUCAUCGCAGAAAUCCACUGCUGGUACCUUCUCUGCUCAUAACUCCUCAGGGUCUUCCAAGAUCUCCUCAGGCUCUCUGCUUAACCCACAAUCCCCAGGCUCCAGAAGCUUGGAGAAGAAAUUACCAUUCAGCCUCCGAAAGAGCCACAACUCUCUGAAAACUGCCACUCUGCACUCGCCAGCCCCUCUGGCUCAGGUAGUCUACCUGAAGGACAUUGUCUGCUACCUGUCACUGCUGGAAAGGGGACGGGCUGAGGAUAAGCUGGAGUUUAUGUUUCGUCUUUAUGACACAGAUGGCAAUGGCCUCCUGGACAGCUCGGAGUUGGAUCGUAUUAUCAAUCAGAUGGUUCACGUAGCAGAAUACUUGGAAUGGGACUCCACAGAACUAAGGCCAAUCCUGAAGGAGAUGAUGGAAGAAAUAGACUAUGAUCACGAUGGAACUGUGACACUGGAAGAAUGGAUUCGAGGUGGAAUGACCACUAUUCCUUUACUGGUCUUGCUGGGCAUGGAAACGAAUGUAAAGGACGAUGGCCAGCAUGCCUGGAGGCUGAAGCACUUCAAGAAGCCCGCCUAUUGCAACUUCUGUCGCACAAUGCUCCUGGGGGUCAGGAAGCAAGGCUUGUGCUGCUCCUUCUGUAAAUACACAGUCCAUGAAAGAUGUGUAUCCAAAGAGAUUGCCCCCUGCAUCAGCACCUAUGUGAAAUCCAAGAGAAAUGCCAGUGUGAUGCAGCACACAUGGAUUGAGGGGAACUCCCCAGCCAAGUGUGAUCGGUGUCAUAAAAGCAUCAAGUGUUAUCAGGGCAUUACUGGACUACAUUGUGUAUGGUGUCAAAUAACACUUCACAACAAAUGUGCCUCUCAUAUGAAGCCAGAAUGUGAUGGCGGGCAGCUCAAGGAACACAUCUUAUUGCCUUCUCAUAUCUGUCCUGUGGUUCUGGACAGACAAUCCCACCCAAGAAGAUCGGAUAGUGAAUCGCCAUGCACCAGCCCAGAUGAUACAAACCUGACCUUCAAAUACAACACUAUGACAGUGGAUGGACAUGGGCUGCAGAUUACCCCUAAGCCUGGAACUCAUCCACUUCUGGUGUUUGUGAACCCCAAGAGUGGAGGGAGACAAGGAGAAAGGGUCCAUCGGAAAUUCCAUUAUCUACUCAACCCCAGACAAGUUUACAACCUGGACCGAGGGGGACCCAUUCCUGGAUAAGAUAAACUUACCAAAGCACCCUGCUGUAGCUAUUCUGCCGCUCGGGACAGGAAAUGACCUUGCUCGCUGUCUCCGUUGGGGAGGAGGUUAUGAAGGAGGC